CGACAAAUAAUAAUAAUAAUAAACAUAAUCGAUCAUCAUCAUUGUCGACGACUAAACAGUCAUCAUCAACAUUGGAUUUACAAUCACAAACGACGACAAAAACAUUAUUGAUGAAUAAAAAUAAAAAUAGACAGGAAAAAAAUCUGGUCAAUGGCACUACAUCAUCAUCAUCGUCAUCGGUAUCGAUUUCUGCAUAUCGAAAAAAUCGAUCUUCAUCAUCAUCAAAUAUUAUGAGUCAGAAAUGUUCGAAUUCAUCAUCAUCAUCAUCAUCAUUGAAACGUAAACAUCAGUCAUCAUCAUCGACAAAAAACAAUAGUCUAAUUCAACGACAAAAACAUCGACUUAAUCAUCAUCAUCAUAAUCAUCAACAAUUGAAUCGUUUUACACAUCCUAAUCAUCAUUAUAAUAAUAAAAUCUUAAAAAAUAAAGAAAAAUUAAAAUCAUCACCGUCACCUUCACAUUCAUCGUUGGAUAAAACAACGGUAGUGAAAAAAUUGAAAAAUUCCAAUUAUAAAAUACCGAAAAAUCGAUCAUCAUCAAACACAACGACGACUACAACGACAACCAGUAGCAGCAAUAGUGGUAACGGUGGUAAUAGUGGUGGCCAAUCGACAAAAUUAUCACCAAAAAAAUGUACAAUUAAAACGGAAACAAUAUUUGAAGGUGAUCCAAACAUAGAUGAUGAUGAUGAUGUUGAUGUUAAUGAUGAUGAUGAUGAUGAAAACAUUGAUGGCAUGAUGGUUCCAAAACAAUCAUCAUCAAAAACAUCGAAAAAGAAAAGUAUCAAUGGACGAUCAAAAACAUUUAUUAAAGCAAAACAAUUUGUUGAAACGAAUGAAAAAUUAUAUCCAGAAUUACGGAAAUUACAACAAUAUGAACAACAGGAACAUGAUGAUAUUGAAUCAUUGAAAAUACAUUUUAAUUCUACACAAUGGUCGAUUGAAGAUCGAUUAUCAUCAAUUGUGCAACAAGAAUCUGAUUUGAAAUUGGAAUCAAAAAUAUUUCAAUCAUGGUUACGUGAUGAAUGUGGCGUUGGCCAUUCGAAUAAUCGUUCAAAUAGUGGUAGUAAUAGCAGUAAUAAUAGUCGUAAUCGAAAAACUACAUUUCAUUCGUUUCAAAAAUAUUAUAAAAAACGUCGUGAUCAAGAACGUUGGAAACAACAUAAUUUACGUGGUUGGCCAUGUAAUGGUUCCAUCUAUGUAUCAUCUGCGUCAUUAUCAAAACGUCUUUGGUAUCAUGAAAAACUAAAACUUAAAGAUGAAUUACUACCACCAUUAGAUUCGGUAUUGCCUACACCACCGCCAUCCACAUCAUCAUCAUCAUCUUCAAUAUGUACAGUUAAAACAACAAAUGAAACAAACGAUGAUUUUGAUGUUUCAAAUAAUUGGGAAUUAGUAUCAUUAGAACAUGCAUUCAAUGCCUUUCCAUCAACAUUUCAAACGACCAAACCAAAAGUUAAAUCAUCAUUAUCAAUGAUAAAUAUUUGUGAUGAAAUUAUUAGCUAUUCAUCUGUAUCGGAUAUUGGUGGUACGAAUUCUGAAUCAACAAAUCAAUCUGUAAAAUCAUCGUCAACCAUCAUAGAUAGGAAAACCACAACUACCGGAUUGAAAAAGAAAUCGAAAAAAAUACGAAAGAAAAAUCGUACGGCUACAGCCAAUGUUCUACAUACACCACGUUCAUCAUCGAAAGCUGUACAGCAACAAUUAGCUAGUCAAUCAAAUGUUAAUGAGUCAUUAAUAAUUGCUGCCAGUCAAGAUUCUUCUGAAUAUAUGACAUUAUUUUCCAUGGAGAAAUGGGAAAAAUUUCAAACAUUUAUUAUAAAAACCGUUUUCAAUAUUGAAAGACGCAAUUGGGAACCAUUGCAAUCCUAUUUACGUUUAGCCAUCAUUGAUUUAGUUGGAUUUGAUCGAUUAAUUAAUCGUGAAUUACGAACAGUAUGGCCAAUAGUUGCAACAAUUAAAUAUGAAUCUGAACCGGUUAUUGAACCGGAAAAUAUGCCAUUACCAGCUAAACGAAGACGACGUAGUAGUUCAAAAGUAUUGGAAUAUUCUGAUUCAAAUUCACCUCGUAAACGUAAUCGUUUGAAUGGUACGAUAAAUGAAUGUAUAAGAAAUGGAUCAAAAAGUCCAUCACCACCAUCGUGUAUCAAUCAUCAUCAUAUGACGACCGGUGGUAAAUCAACUACAUUAUCGCCGGUAACAUUUCAUAUGCCAUUAAUGACACGAACACAAUCAAAAUAUUUUUUUGAAAAUGUUAUCAAUGGUGGUGAUACAACGCCAGCUACUCCAACGUUUGCACCACCACCCACCACAACGUUCAAAGAUGCAAAACAAAUUCAACAACAUUUAAUGGAAACAGUGAUUUCAAUAGAAUCAUUGCAGAAACUUUCCAACGAUAUUUAUCACCGUCAAUCGGUGUUGAAAGUAUUGAAAAUUUUUAAAGAAUUUUUCAAUUUCAAAUUUAAAUCUCCAUAUUCUCAACAACAACCACAACAACAGCAUCAAUCGAUUGCCAAUCAUGGUAUGAAUAGCACAAUCGGUUCGGAAACAUUACCGACAACAACAACAACAACAACACCGUUGAUGGUCAUUGGAUCAUCAAACAUGAUGGGAACGAAAUCAACCAAAACAUCAUAUCGUAUUUAUAAUGGUAAACGACGACGUCGUAAACGUUCAUUGGCAUCAUCCACAGUUGAACCAAUGAUGACUAGUCAGCAGCAACAAUUAUCAAAUCAAAAAAAUGGAAAAAAUUCCACAAUUCAGAAUCAACAUCCACAAUGUCAUGGUGUUGAAUGUUCAAUUAGAUUUGAUAUGCCAAACAUAUCACGUAUUGAUAUGAAUCCAUCUUCUCUACAAUCGAUUCAUGAACAUGAUGAUAAUAAUGAUCGUGAUAUCGAUUCGAUGGAUUAUAAUGAAGAUUUAUUUGAUGGAACAAUGGAACUAUUGAAACAAACUGAACAGAUUUUCAUCAAUACAGCUGGUAAUUUGCCAUCAACAUUUUUUCCAAGACAAUCAUUCAAUGGUAAUGGUGGUGAUGAUUUACUAACUGGUGAAUCAUCUUCAUGUUCCGAAUCCAAAUUAUAUCACAAUAGUAGUAGUAGUAGUCCACGAAAAUUAUGGCCAUCAUCAUCUUCAAUCGGUAAUCGUAAUAAUAGUAGUACAAAUAUUUCACCAUCAAAAUGUGAAAUGAAACUUCGUUCACGAAGCUCAAGUUCCUCAUCGAAUUCGAUACAAUUUGGAUUGUUGGAUGAAUCAUCACAGGAUCGUGAACAUCAUCAUAAUAAUCACCAUCAUAAUCAACAGCAGCAUCCAACAACAGCAUUAAUAUGGGAUGCAAAUAAUUUAUCCAUAUUUAAAAAUUUUAUUGAAAUUAAUUUCGAUGAAAUUGAAUCACCAACAGCCAUUGUGGAUAAAUCAAGAAUGAUGAUACGUACACGUGGUGGUAGUAAACGUAUAGCUGCUGCGGCAGCAGCUGCCGCCGCCGCAGCCGCCGCUGCUGCUGCUGCUGUUGAAAAAGAAUCAAUUGUCAAGGAUGAAAAUUCUAAUGCCAAUCAUAUUAAGGAUAAUAAUCAAAUCAAAUAUUUGACCAUCAUAAUUGAAAAAAUUGAAAAUCAAUUACGUGUGUUGUCCAUAAGAAAUCAAUCACGUUUGUCUGCUAUAUGUGAUAUGUUCUGUGAGGAUUAUCAUCUUGAUCAAUUAGAAUAUCGUUUAGAAAGAUUGGAUUUUGAAAUAAUUGAUCUCUAUCAUCAAUAUUUAUUUCGUGAGAAAAAAUUCACUGAUGAAGAAUUGGAAUCCUGUUUAGCAAAACUUGAAGAUCAUGCUCAAUUGAAUAAAGAAUAUAUAACUAAAUCAAUAUGUUUGAUGGCUGUUGCACCUAAUUCCCAACGUAUGACAAUGGCAUUCUGUCAACGUUCAAAAUUAAUGUCAACAUUAAUGAUGAUGAUGAAGAAUAAUAAUCAUAUCAAUAAUGAUAAUAAUAUGAAUAAUCAAGGUUCAAUGUUUAAAGAUUUAUUUGAAUCAAUAAUGAUGACAAUUACAGCUCGUAAUCAUGUACAACAAUCAGUAUCAUCAUCAUCAUCGUCAUCAUCGACAUCCUUAUUGAAUAUACAGCAAGAAUUAUGGACAUUGGCUAAACAAAUUGAUUGGUCAUUAUUGAAUGAUAAUAAUUGUCGAUAUCAUAAUAAUCAACAUGAGUGCAAU